UAUCGGAUCCUUCCUGAAACAUAAGUAGUAUCUGUAUAAAACUACGUCGGAUCUUUCAUGAAACAUAACCUAGAAUCAGAUCUUCAUUAUCUAAGCAAACCCGGAACAUGCCUUUUUUCAAGUACAUCCAGUUUCGGAGCAUCAAUUUUAUUGAAAAAUGCGUUAUAUACAAGCCAUCCACAAGCCAUCCAAUUUGAUUGGCUCAGUGCAGGCCAUGCAAAAAUACUCGAAAAUGUCAUCGGAGCUUACAGCCAAACCUCAAUAGGUAUCAGAUUCGAAAAAGGUAGCCAAACCGGAUUUUUCUAUGCUGCUUUGCGAACAAUUAAUUCGAUUAACCAUUCAACUAAUUCGUUCAACAGGCCGUAAAUUCAACCAUUCAACUAAUCCGCUGCAACUGGAUUAGGAAUGUUAUGGCUGGCUGAAAUUAUGGCCGUCGUAUUAGCUUUAUAGCGAGCUUAAGACUAUGGUAGAUCCAACUAGCUUGCAUUUGUAAUAUUACCAAUAUUACAAGUGUAAGUAUGUGAUAUUACCAAUAUUGCAUUUGAAUAGAAUUUAUUUGGGUGGCUGUUUGAAAAUCACCAAAAUUACAAGUGUAAGUAUGUAGAAUAUGCUAUGAUAUCUCGAGAUCUUCAGCCAUGUCUGUACAAAAACAAAAAUCAUGUUUUUUCUUAAUCAUUUCA